AUGGUCCACGUUGAAGAACUCCGCAAGACGGCCUUCGAUGCCGAGAAGGAUUUGAACUCCUACCAGGCUAAGCAGGGACUUGGUCGCAAGAGUGACUCAACCCUCGAGUCCGGUGUCGAUGAGAUGGUGGAUCAGCGAUUCCCACAGUCAGGUGGUGUCAAGUACGGUCCUGGUUCAACAGCUUCUGGCAGUGACCACCGCAAGAUCCCCGAGGAUGAGGGUGGUACCCGGGAUGACCGUGGUCGUCUGGCCAAGGCUGAGCAGUACCUUGGCGAAGGUGGUCCCGAGAGCAACAUUAAGAAGGAGUCAGAGUCCCGACCUGGUGAUCAAGACACUCUCAACCUGCAGGGCAUGAAGCAGCGUGGAAUCGCUGAAUAA